AUGGACGAAAACUACGACGUUAUUGUUUUAGGAACAGGAUUGACUGAAUGUAUUUUAUCCGGUCUUUUAUCAGUUGAAGGAAAGAAGGUGUUGCAUAUCGAUAGACAGGAUUUCUAUGGGGGUGAAUCGGCUUCUCUUAACUUGUCGCAAUUGUACGGCAAAUUCAAGCCAACAGCUCAGAGACCUGAAUUAAAAGGAAGAGAUAGGGAUUGGUGUGUUGACUUGAUCCCUAAGUUUCUCAUGGCAAAUGGUGAAUUGACAAAUAUAUUGGUUCACACUGAGGUAACACGUUACAUCGAAUUUAAACAAAUUGCAGCUAGUUAUGUUUAUAGAAAUGGAAGAAUUGCCAAGGUUCCAUCAAAUGCAAAAGAAGCAUUGGCUUCACCAUUGAUGGGAAUUUUUGAAAAGAGAAGGAUGAAGAAGUUUUUGGAGUAUAUUCAAAAUUAUGACGAACAAAAUCCGUCGACUCACCAGGGAUUCGAUUUGGAUAAAAACACCAUGAAUGAAAUUUACACUUACUUUGGAUUAGAGAGUGGUACAAAGGAUUUUAUUGGCCAUGCAAUGGCACUUUGGUCAAAUGAUGACUAUUUGAAUGAGGUUGCUAGACCCACGUAUGAGAGAAUUUUAUUGUAUGCACAAUCCGUUGCCAAGUAUGGAAAAUCGCCUUACAUAUAUCCAUUGUAUGGAUUGGGUGAAUUGCCCCAGGGAUUUGCCAGAUUGUCUGCCAUUUAUGGGGGAACUUAUAUGCUAGAUACACCAAUCGAUGAAGUCUUGUAUGAAGGUGAGGGUGAUGACAAGAAAUUUGCUGGUGUUGUUACAAAAGAAGGUACAGCUAAAGCUCCGAUCGUUGUUGCUGACCCUACAUACUUUCCUGAGUACGUAAAGAAAACCGGACAAAAAGUAAUUAGGGCUAUUUGCUUAUUAGACCACCCAAUUCCAAACGUGGACUUGGAUUCUUUGCAAAUCAUCAUUCCACAGAAUCAAGUUGGAAGAAAGAAUGAUAUUUAUAUUGCCGUGUUGUCUGACGUUCACAAUGUUGUUCCAAAAGGACACUUCCUUGCUAUUGUUUCCACUAUUAUAGAGACUGAAGCGCCACACAUCGAAUUGGAACCUGCAUUCAAAUUAUUGGGUUCAAGAUUAGACACAUUGAUGGGUAUUGCUGAAUUAUACGAACCAAAGGAUGAUGGAACAAAAAAUGGUAUUUACUUAUCAAAGAGUUACGAUGCUAGUUCUCACUUUGAGUCUACGACUGAUGAUGUCAAAGAUAUCUACUUUAGAAUCACUGGAAAACCAUUGGUUUUGAAAAAGAGGGAAACCGAAGAGGACGAGUCAAAUGUAAUUCCAUAA